CAUGCAUACAUACUUUGAUGGAUGCACAGCAUACGGCUUCAACCUUUUAAUUGGGCGGCGCGUUGCACUACGUAGCCCUGCGGGACCUAUGCGUUUUAUCUUUGCGAAAAUUCCGCCUGCUCCUCUCGCUGACUGAAAAACGUUUUCCUUUUAAGCGAGUUUGUAUCUAUGUGGUAUUUUUUGUAAUAUUUUAAACUAAAUUAUUUGUUUAACUUCUACCUUUUUAGUAGGCGAUAUUUGUCGCUCUCGUCGCUCUGAAAGGCUGUCUUCACAAGCCAAUCCAAUCCACACAUCUGGUUCCAAUAUUUGCGGGUUAGGUUCCCCGUGGUUGUCGUCUGAUUUCGCUGUUGGCAUCUGAUUUCGCGGACCAAACUAUGCCAAGUGCUGCGACGUCCACGAAAAGCUACAAAGUUCCGAGCGGCUUCAGUUCUGUCAAGGAAAACCCGCUCUCCCUGGAAAAUGUUGGCGCAGAAGAGAAGCGGAUCUGGCUCUUCCAGACGCCCAACGAGGUGAACAUUGCAGACUUGAACGGCCUCGAAAUAUCCCUGCGGAACAGCGAUGAAAAGGUUGUGCGGAUAGGCAACAACAGCUACACGUUUUCGAGGACUGCAGAAACAGAAUAUACGAAAACCCUGAGUGUGGCAAUGUUGUCCAAUGAAGAUGGCCAAAACAUCUUGGUGCCAUGUUGCUUGGCCGGUUCGGCAGUGCUCACAAAAAAGGUGGAGCUUCCAGAGGGCUUCACCCCCAAGAUCUUCACCAGUCGGCAAGAGUCACACGGCAACUCAGUGCACCACUCAGCUCACCAGCGCUUUACACCUUUUGGCUCAGGACCUGUGGUCACCCGAAGCAAGAGGCACAAGCACAAGGACAAGUUUCGAGAAACUACAAAGAAAGCUAGAAAGCGCUGAUUUUCCCAAGGGCUGCUUACAAGAAUGUGCUAGAACGCUUCAGUUAGUUUUUUCUUUGACAUUGAUUGGUAACGCUGAUCAUGCAAGCAAGAUUCACCAUCUGUGGUUUUAGAGACGAUUAUGCAUACUGCACUUGAUAAUAAACCUAUGACUCUUACGACUAAAA